UUUGCAGUCGUCACUCAACCACUCCAUGUAUCGCAAAUUCCCCGAACUUAAAAAAUAAGCCAUCCAGAAACAGAGUUAUGGCACCAUCAGCAGUUCAAAAUGAUGCAGAAACUCCAGGAAUGGAGGGAAUAGGCAAACCACCUGCUGGCAUUGUCUUGCCUCCCAAAGACAUUCGAGCGAUCCUUGAGAAGACUGCGGGAUACGUGGCGCGAAAUGGGUCGGUAUUUGAAGACCGUAUUCGCGAAAAGGAACGGACGAACCCCAAGUUCUCCUUCCUUAGUAUUGACGAUGCCUACCACCCCUUCUAUGCUUGGAGACUCAGCGAAAUCCGCGAGGGCCGUGGAACGGCUGUCUCGGCCGGCCGCGCGAAUGAAAGUGCGGCGGCUGCAGAACCCGAGAAGCCAAAGGGUCCCGCGGAGCCUCCGCAAUUCCACUUCUCCGCAAGGAUGCCGAACAUAAAUGCUCAGGAUUUAGAUGUGGUAAGGCUUACAGCACUCUUUGUCGCAAAAAACGGCCGGUCUUUCAUGACUGCUCUUUCGCAACGGGAGACGGGAAAUUACCAAUUCGAGUUCUUACGCCCGCAACACACUCUAUAUCAGUUUUUCAGCCGUCUGGUGGACCAAUAUACUGAAUUAUCAAGGACUGGCGGACUGGAAGAAGGAAAUGUUGAGCGUGCACGAAUUUUCGAGUUGCAGAAAAAUGUGGACAACAAAUACCACGUGCUUGAGCGGGCAAAGCAGAGAGCGGAGUGGACAAAGUAUCAGGCUGAGCAGAAACAAAAGAAAGAAGAGGAGGCCGAGGAGGAACGACUGGCGUAUUUGCAGAUCGACUGGCGGGAUUUCGUCGUCGUCGAAACUGUUCUUUUUAAUGAGGCAGACGACCAAACAGAUCUUCCGGCACCUACAUCGCUGUCUGACUUGCAAUCUGCCUCUUUGGAGCAGAAGGCAAUGAUGUCUUUGCAACCGCACAAUAUGCGUAUUGAGGAAGCUAUGCCCAAUGACGAAGAGAUUUAUUAUAACCCAUAUGAAUCCCAGCAACCUGUGCAAGCUAUGCCUCCAGCGGUUCCUUCACCUCAUCCCAUUCCAGCGAGUUCUAACACUAGCAAUUUUGGUUUCCAAAGGCCGAUAAGUGUGCAAGAGGAGGAGGAAGCACAACGAAUCCGCGAACGUGCUGAGGCAAGAGACCGAGCCCAACAAGCCCAAGCCGCCGCAAAAGGAGGAGUUGCACCAAUGAGGAUACGUAACGAUUAUGUCCCUCGCGCACAAGCCAAGCGUCAAGCAGCAUCUAUGGCUUUGUGUCCCAACUGCAAGCAGCAAAUUCCGUACGACGAGCUUGAGCAGCACAUGAGAAUUGAACUUCUCGAUCCCCGCUGGAAGGAACAGCGCGACAAGGCCGAAUCCCGGUUUGCCGCCACCAAUUUAUCAACAUCUGAUGUCGCCAAUAACCUCAAGCGGCUUGCUAGCCAACGAAGCGAUGUCUUUGACGGUGCCACUGGACAGCCCAUCUCCGAAGAAGAGGCGGCAAGGAGGAAGAAGGCCGCUACGAACUAUGAUGGUCAGCCGGAGAGUAAGGACGCUGCUCGACUUCAGCAGAUGCAAAGCAUGAACAUUGAGGAGCAAAUCAGACAAAUUCAUCAAAAGUUCAGGCAAUAGUACAGAAGUCUCUGGGUAGUAAACGUAAUUUUACGGAAAUAUGGAUGCGGAGUUUAUUGGGGUAUGAUCGGCUGGGCGCGCCUUUUUCUUCAAAUCUUCAUUGGCUUUUUUUGGAUGUAUACUUCUCGGGAAACCCUUUCAUUUCAGUAUAUCAAUUGUUCGGCGCUCGCCUUGUGUUCUAUCUAGGGGAUCAUCAAAAUUUAAGUUCGGUCGGAGAACUUGGCCAGAGUAUGGAUAAAUGAUCUUAUAUUGAGGCAGACUCCUCGUUCGUGCAAGCUUAGAGAUAUUUGUUCCACACCAAUGAGACAAACCCAAGAAGUAUAAGCUAGCAUGGUAAUAAAGCUGUGAGCGUGCGAAAGAAGGGAAAUGAGAACGAAUAUCUAGUUGGUAUAUUGAUCUUCACGACGACCAACGGAAAGUGGUAAUUCUUAUUUGAUGCAAAUCUGGCAGG